GCGGGGCGGCUUCAUUCAUUCUCCCGCCCUUGGAGCGGGGAGCAGCCGCUGGAGCCCCGUGCGCCGGGCUCUGGAGCCAAGCGCGCGCGGCUCGGCAGAGCGCUGGGUGCGAGGCGCCGGGGUGCAGCAUGCAGGCGCUCAACAUCACCCCCGAGCAGUUCUCCAGGCUGCUGCGGGACCACAACCUGACGCGGGAGCAGUUCAUCGCCCGCUACCGCCUGCGCCCGCUCAUCUACACCCCGGAGCUGCCCGCGAGAGCCAAGGUGGCCCUGGCACUCACGGGCGGGCUCCUCUUCGCGCUGGCGCUCUUCGGCAACGCGCUGGUGCUCUACGUGGUGACCCGCAGCAAGGCUAUGCGCACCGUCACCAACAUCUUCAUCUGCUCGCUGGCCCUCAGCGACCUGCUCAUCGCCUUCUUCUGCGUCCCCGUCACCAUGCUGCAGAACAUCUCCGACCACUGGCGGGGAGGUGCUUUUAUUUGCAAGAUGGUGCCAUUUGUCCAGUCCACCGCCAUUGUGACUGAGAUUCUCACGCUGACCUGCAUCGCUGUGGAAAGGCACCAGGGGCUGGUGCACCCGUUCAAGAUGAAGGGACAGUACACACAGCGCAGAGCCUUCAGUAUGCUUGGUGUGGUCUGGCUGGUGGCGGUCAUUGUGGGUUCACCCAUGUGGCAUGUGCAGCGCCUGGAGAUUAAGUAUGACUUCUUAUAUGAAAAAGAACAUGUCUGCUGCUUGGAGGAAUGGGCCAGCCCUGUGCACCAGAAAGUCUACACAACCUUUAUCCUUGUCAUCCUCUUCCUCCUGCCUCUUAUGCUGAUGCUUGUCCUGUACAGUAAGAUUGGUUAUGAGCUGUGGAUUAAGAAAAGAGUGGGGGAUGGCUCUGUGCUUCGAACUAUUCAUGGAAAGGAAAUGUCCAAAAUAGCCAGGAAUAAGAAGCGGGCUGUCAUUAUGAUGGUGACCGUGGUAGCUCUCUUUGCUGUGUGCUGGGCACCUUUCCACACCGUCCACAUGAUGGUUGAAUACAGUAAUUUUGAACAGGAAUAUGAUGAUGUUACCAUCAAGAUGAUUUUUGCUAUUGUGCAAAUAAUUGGAUUUUCCAAUUCCAUCUGUAAUCCUAUUGUCUAUGCAUUUAUGAAUGAAAAUUUCAAGAAAAAUUUUUUAUCUGCAGUUUGUUACUGCCUGAUGAGAGAAAACUUCUCUCCAGCUAGAAGGCAUGGAAAUUCAGGUAUAACUCUGAUGCAAAAGAGAGCAGCAUUUUCCAGGAGAGAAAAUCAUGUAGAAGAGACCAAAGGAGAAGCAUUCAGUGAUGGCACUAUUGAAGUCAAAUUGUGUGAACAGUCAGUGGAGAAAAAGCAUCCCAAGAGACAUCUUAGCCUGUUUAAUUCUGAACAUUCUGAAAAUUCUGCUUUAAGCAGUGGGCAUUAGUAAUUAUACCAGCUUCAUUAUUCAUGUCUUAACAUGGAAAGAAAUUAUUUUGCACAAAGAUCAAGCUGUUGUUUUUUCAAGUCUUAGUAUGGUGAAAAGAAGGAACCUUAUACC